GAGAACCAGGUGAGAAGUAUAAAUAAAAAUACCAACAUUCAUGCUAGUACCACAUCUGUUUAUUCAUUACAACCAUAUUUGGCUAUGGAUAGAAAGAAGAGUGAGGCAAAAUUCAAGAGAAGUAUAUUAUAUGAAGUAAUUGGUGAAUGGAAUUUAUAAGAAAGUGUAUAUAGCAGUGGUGGGGAACUUGGGGCACGAAUGCUGCACCGGGCUAUUUGUAUAAUUGCAAGUUCUAAAAGGCUUGUCAUCACUGGUACAUAGAAUUUUAUUACCUGUAGAUUUCUAUCAGCAAAAUGCAUAAUAAGGGCUGAGGAUGUGGCUCAACAUUAUGAGUGCUUCCCUAGCAUGCACAACGCCCUAGGUUCAAUCCCCAGUACCACACACACACAAAAUUAUGAAACACACAUUUUGUUUCAGAGAAUGAAUAAACACAAGCAUACACACUGUUUUCUUUCCCUUCUAUCAGAACAUAAGCUCCCUGAAACUAAUAAUUUCAUCUCAUUCCAGCACUUAGGAAAGCACCUGGCAUGCAGCAGGUACACGUUGUGGACCUGCAUAGAAGAGCAGUUUGGGAAUCCCCAGUUUCUGAGGCGACUGUUAGGCCUCAGCUAGGGUUCCAGCUCCACCAUCCUCCAGCUUUAGAUUAUCUAGUGCCUUUGAACCUUGGCUUUCUCAUCCUCUUACAUCACAGGGAGGCUGUGACAAUGUAUGUUGCCGCCUGUCACCUACUGUGUUUCUCCACACCCUCCACCCCUGCCCCCCACACAAUCCCUGCAGACCCAGCCCUGCUGCUGUCACACAUUUCAGUGAUGUCACAGCUCCCCCACCUGGGGGCUCCUGCACCACCAUGUGACACCCAGCUUGAGUGCUGGCUGGACUGAGAGGAGCAGGGUCAGGUCCAGUUUUGCUCCUUCAGUCUCUGAGGACUCUGAGCCCCAGCAUGUGUCCAUCAGCAAAGAAGAAGCCCAAGAACAGAGUGGUUUCCAAGACAGAAGAUGAGAAACUGCAGGACAAGAUAAAGCAGCCUCUGUACAAAGCAAUUGAGCGGAACCGACUUAAAAUGGUGUUAAGAAAUUUGUCACUCUUGAAGCUAUUCAGGAGCUCAAACAGCCGCAUCCAAGAACUGCAUAAUCUGGCCAGAAGGUGUUGGAAUUCAAUGCUCAGAUUUCCGAAGAUCGUCCAUGUCUCCUCUGGGGAAAACAAUGUUUGGAAUAAAGUAAAACAAAAUAAUGAAGAGCUCCAAGAAGCUCCGUGUCUUGAGAAGAACCUAGAAUCCAAGAAAGUAGAGUCCACAGGGGAACCUAAGGAGGAGCCGGGGAUAAGGAACAUGGUAAAAGGUUCACCUGCAACAGUGGCAAGGAAAGAAGAGCAGAUGGAGGCUGCCAUCCCAAGGACAUCAAGGGGUCACGGCCUGAACACCGGAGCCCAGAGAAGCCAAUUAGCCACGAGGGACCCCCGAGUAGCCCUUCUGAAGACCUACAACUACAGAACUCCCAUGGAGGACAUGAAGCAGCUGGAUGUGAAUGGCCAGUACACUUGGUUUGAGGGGCUGCCUACUCGAAUCCACCUCCCAGGGCGGCGGGUCAUGUGCAGAUUCUCCAAGCUACGCUGGAUCAGGCGCCGCUGUACCCGCUUCUGCUCUGCAUCGCUUGAGGUGCCUAUGUACCAUUCAUACAAGGUGGUGUGACCCUGGACCGGAGCUUGACGAGCGAGGACAGAGUAGCGAUCUCACCGUGAGCUGAACACAAGGGAUGGGUGGGGAAAUUCUCCAGUCUACAAAUAAAACUUCCCAUAUGGCACUGAAGAAUGCUGCUGCAGGGUUGUCUGGGGUUGGUGAGACUGCUUGGUGGGGGUGUCUAAGGGAGUACAGUUCGUGUACUAUGACUUCCGGCUCCCCCAGUCUCUAGCUCCAGGCUCCUAAGGUCUAGAGCUAGAACAAAGAAGUCUGCCACCUGCACCCCUCCCGCUCUGGGAGCUGAUCUCCUGAGCGGUGUGUUCUUCUGUGAAGUCAAAGAACCUCUCUCUGUGUGCUUCCUCGGUGCAAGCUGCCUCAUAAUGGCCCUGUGAGGCGAAGUUACUAAGAAGAUGUUACUAAGGCGCUGGGCAUGGUGGCACACACCUAUAAACCCGGCACUAGGGAGGCUGAGACAGGAGGAUUGCUGCAAGUUCUAGGCCAGCCUGGGCUACACGGUGAGUUUAAGGCGAGCCUGAACUACACAGCGAGACCCUGUAUCAAAAAAUCAAAAGGAAGCUAUGGUGCCCAGACAACCCUGAAUUCCAGCCUGAAUUUCUUGCGAUUCCAUUUCCUGUAGAACGACUGGCCCUAAUCUGUCAUGUCCAGCAAGAGCUUUCCUUAACUGAGCACUUCUUGUCCAUGUAGCCUGCACAUUGGCAGGCAACACAGCUCUCAGUGACUUCAUCCUGUGACUUCUUCACCCAAGGUACCACCUCUUGCAGGUGAGGCCUCACGAAGUUUCCAUUAAAUUAACUGAAGUCUACGAGACAGAAGUGGCAACAAAAAUGAUGACAGUGAAGAAUGAUGGGCCACAUAAAAGUGACAAAAAAUUACAGGCACCAAAGUGCAGAAACAUUUCUGUAUUUCACCCAAGGGCAUUACGUACAUCCAUUACAGCACGUGACUUACUGAACUAUGAAGACUCAUAUCGGACGUAACCACAUCCAUUCAUAAUCAAGUGGGCACGUUAUUCGUUUGGUGUGUCUGUGCUCUGAUUGGUCACUGGGCACUAAGUCUCAAGCUCAUCUGCCUACACAGCCGUUUGUUCACCUCUCAUUCA